UUGUGCUGAUAAGACUACUCAGGGAUUUUCUGUUGUGUAUAGUUUUUGAAUGAAUAAAAGCUGUUUGUCUUUAUUUUUAAAGCAAUUUUUUAACCAUAUGCUUGGUUCAUAAAUUAAUGCUGUUGGGCUUUGUUUUUCAAUAUAAAUACUUUGUUUCAAAUAUAACUGCAAAAUAUUUGUUACGUAGUUUUAGUAUUAAAACUUUCCAAUCACUUCGUUGUUCAAAGGAAAUGACUUCAAAAACUGCUAAGCAAGUGAGACAAGAUUUUAUUGAUUUUUUUGUCAAAAAAUAUGAUCACAUAUUUGUACCUUCAUCGUCAACAAUUCCACAUGAAGAUCCUACUCUUCUUUUUGCUAAUGCUGGUAUGAAUCAGUUCAAGUCAUUAUUCCUUGGUACUGCUGACCCAAAUAGUGAUUUUGCAAAGUUAAAACGAGUAGUUAACUCUCAAAAGUGCAUUAGAGCUGGUGGAAAACACAAUGAUCUUGAUGAUGUUGGGAAAGAUGUGUAUCACCAUACUUUUUUUGAAAUGAUGGGAAACUGGUCUUUUGGGGAUUUCUUUAAGAAGGAAAUAAUUGCUUGGUCAUGGGAGCUUUUAACAGAUGUUUGGGGUCUGGAAAAAGAACGUUUUUACGUUACAUAUUUUGGUGGAGCUGAUGGAGUGCCUGCAGAUGAAGAGGCCAAGCAGUUCUGGCUCGAACUGGGUUUACCACCCAAUCAUGUUUUACCGUUUGGAAUGAAGGAAAAUUUUUGGGAAAUGGGAGAAACAGGUCCAUGUGGUCCUUGUUCAGAGCUUCAUUAUGAUCGUAUUGGUGGAAGAGAUGCCUCAAAUUUAGUUAACAUGGAUGUCCCUGAUGUUUUGGAAGUAUGGAACUUGGUGUUUAUACAAUUUAACAGGGAGGUUGAUGGUCAAUUAGUACCUUUACCAAAUCAACAUGUUGAUACCGGACUAGGAUUGGAAAGAAUAAUAUCAGUUCUUCAAAAUAAAAUGUCAAAUUACGAUACAGAUGUGUUUACACCCUACUUUGAUGCAAUUCAUCAGGCUACUGGUAUCAAACCUUACCUUGGUUUAGUUGGUCCUGAUGAUAAAGAUGGUGUUGAUAUGGCUUAUAGAGUAAUAGCUGACCAUAUUCGUACAUUAACAGUAGCAUUGUCAGAUGGUGGUAGACCAGACAAUGUAGGAAGAGGAUAUGUGCUCCGUAGAAUUCUGCGCAGGGCUGUUCGAUUUGCAACAGAAAAACUCAACUGCAAACCUGGUGUAUUUGCAUCUCUUGUUGAUGUUGUUUGUACUUCUUUAGGAUCUGUUUAUCCAAAUAUCUUGAAAGAUCCACAAACAAUUAAAGACAUUAUUAAUGAAGAAGAAAGUCAAUUUUUAAAAACAUUAGCCAGAGGAAGGAGAUUAUUUAACAGAACUGCAGAUAAAACUACUGAUGGUAUAAUUGCAGGAGAUCUUGCUUGGAGAUUAUAUGACACCUAUGGUUUCCCAAGUGAUCUAACAAUUCUUAUGGCAGAAGAACGUAACUUAAAAGUUGAUAUGGUUGGUUAUGAAGUUUUGAAGGCUAAAGCUCAAGAAAUGGCUCGUGCCAGAGGUUCUGAAGUGGAAGAUAUAUAUAGUUUAGAUGUCCAUGCUAUAGAUGAACUGAAAACAAAAGGUUUUGUACAGACAGAUGAAUCUCCAAAAUAUAAUUAUGAAAAAGAUGAACAUGGAAACUAUGUUUUUCAACCAACAGAAGCCAUAGUUACUGCUCUGAGAGUUAACAAGCAGUUUGUUGAUGAAGUUACAAACGGAAAAUGUGGGGUUCUUCUUGAUAGGACAUCUUUUUAUGCUGAGCAAGGUGGACAACUGUUUGACACUGGCUACAUUAAUCUUGGAGAGGAGGUGGAGUUUGCCGUAAAUGAUGUGCAGAUACACGGAGGUUAUGUUUUGCAUGUGGGAAAUUUGGUUGGAACUCUUAAAGUUGGUGAUAAAGUAACAUGUAGUAUUGAUGAGUCCCGACGUCGAUCAUUAAUGAAUAACCACACUGCCACACAUUUGCUUAACUUUGCAUUACGGAAAGUUCUUGUUGAUGAUGCCGAUCAAAGAGGGUCAUUGGUUGCACCAGAUAAGCUUCGUUUUGAUUUUACAGCCAAAGGUGCCUUAUCAUCUGAACAAGUCAAAAUGACAGAGGAUAUUACUAGAGAAAUAAUCAAACAAGAUCAAAAAGUUUUUGCUAGUGCAAGCUCUUUGGCUGUUGCUAAAAAUAUUCAAGGUUUGCGAGCCAUAUUUGAUGAGGUAUAUCCAGAUCCUGUAAGAGUCAUCUCAAUUGGUUAUGAUCUAAAAGAUCUAAUUAAUGAUCCCCAGGCUGGUUAUAAAACUUCUGUUGAGUUUUGUGGUGGAACACAUUUAAAAAGCACAGGUGAUGUAGUAGAAUUUGCUAUUGUUUCUGAAGAAGCGAUUUCUAAAGGCAUACGCAGAAUUGUAUCGCUUACUGGCUCUGAUGCUCUAAAGGCUCAUAAAAGAGCAAAUCAGUUAGCCUCAACAUUAAAUGAAUUUUCAGAGUACGUUGAGGUUCAGAAAAACAAUAAUACAUUGAACAUGAGACAGUUGUCUCAGCAAAUUGCAAAGAUUACAGAGGAAAUAUCUGAAUCGCUUAUACCGGCAUGGUGCAAACAUGAACUUAGAGAAAAAUUAAAAAGCAUUAAAAAACAUCUUGAUGAUACUGAGCGAAUGGAAAAAGCUUCUCGACAAAAUAGAGUUAUUGAAAAAGCUAGUGAGAUCGCUACACUUCAUCUAAAUGAACCUUUUAUUGUUCAAAGAAUGGAAGAUGGCUGUAAUGCUAAAGCGUUGGAUGCUGCUUUAAAAAGUGUGAAGGCUGUCGCUCCUAACUUAUCUGCGAUGCUUUUUUCUGUUGAUACUGAAACAAACACAGUAAUUUGUUUAUGCCAAGUUCCUCAAAAUGUAGUUGAUAACACUAGUUUAAAGGCUAACGAAUGGGUAAAAGAAGUUUCUACCGUUAUCGGUGGGAAAGGUGGUGGUAAACCAAUUUCUGCUCAAGGAUCCGGAGAUAAAAUGCAGGAAAUAGAUAAAGCUGUAGAAGUUGCAAAAUCGUUUGCAUCUUUAAAACUUCAGUAGACGAAUUAUAAUUAGCAGUAAUAAAUAAUAACAAACGCUUCUUGCAAUUAAAAAAAUGUACAUUUUCACGAUUAAAAAAAAUGAUAGAAUAAGCUAGAUAAAAAUAA